AAGGAAUUUGCGAUUCGAUCUAGGUAAUCGCAAUGACCUAGAUGCCAAUUUAUCUAUGUUACGUACUGAUCAUAGAACCUGGACUGGAUUGAUCUUCCGUCCUUGAGAAAAUAUUCCUGCUGUUCUAAAUUUAAGCGAUUAAAGAUGGAAAAAGUAAGUGAAAGAUCGUACAACUUUCCUCGGCCAUUUUCUCGUUUGUGUCUAUUUCAAACGAUUCGAGUUCUUUUUUUUCUUACGGAUCGUUAAUUAGCGAAUUAGCGUUAACGCGCGUCGAGAUGAUAGAAGCGUGGGAGAAUAACGAGAUCAAACGAUUAGCCAACGGGUUGAUAAAGAGUCCUCCGUUAAAGCCAAAUGAUUCAGAAACUAGAUGGUCGAGGUGGGCGAAACGUUUUCGCCCGAGUGAACAUAGCAUAACCGUUUUGAAUUUGGCUCGUUGAAGGAAAGAAGGAAGGGCGAAGAAGAAGAAGAAGAGGAGGAGGAGGAGGAGGAGAGGUUACGUUCGAUCUGGCAGUAUCGAGUCGACAGUCUAAUCGUACGCGAACUGACUAGGUUUCUAGUUCUUCUUUCUCACCGUUCACUCACCGAGGUCAAGGUUCAAUAGAGGCGAAAAGUAUACGGUCGAUGAACGCGUAAAUAGUUUGGAUAGUUUGUACCUGUUCGACUAUACGGCAUCUUUCUCUUUCUCUGUAUCUCUCUCUCUCUCUCUAUCCCGUCUCGCACCCUCCCCUCCUCAUUCCAUCUCUUACGUUGCAUAGAUCAAAACUUAAGUUCAAAGUAAACCGAAAUAGUUGGAAAAACCGUAGGGAAGGCGGAGUUCUAAAUAAGUAAACUAUCGCCAAUAGGGAAAUUUCUCUCCGAGCAUAAAAUAUGAGGGAUGAUUAUUCCAAGAUCUUUGCAUAGUACGAUAUCGAUAAAGAAUGAGGGAGUCAACGGGGAUUAACGGUGCGCGAUGGCUCGCGCAUCAAACACGUUCUAUUAUGUAUAUACAUUACACACACGGGACGAAUGAAAUAAUUUGGUAAAGGCAUCGUCGUGUGUCAAACUGCACUAUCGAAAGGAAAAUUCUAAAAAAUAAAAAAAGAAAAGAAAAAAGAAAGAAAACAACACCAACAACAACAAACGAGAACAACGAGUUCAAGUAUCGUCAUCGUCAUUGCUUUUGCGUUGCUUUCUACCAAGUUUACAUGUCAUCGAUUAUCUAACCGAUCUAGCCGACGAGGAAAAAAUUUUGAUCAGCAUCAAUCAUGAAUCUUAUGUUCCGCAAGAACUUCGGCGUGGAGAAGGGUGCCGGUGGUGGUUUAACGGGAGCCGGAGGUGGUGUAGGAGGAGGAUUGGGCGAGAGUAAACUCGGCGGGACGUACGGAGGAAGCGUUGGUGGAGGAGGAGGAGGAGUUUAUGGUGGAACGUGCUUGGGUCUUGGGAAUCGUUACGGUAUAACAAGAGUUCCUGGUCAAUCUGUGGUACCAGGACGUGGACCGAUAAGACGUAGCAGGGAAUUUGGCUAUUUUCCGUCGAUGGGCGAUCACGAGCAUCAGAGUUUCGGAUAUCGAACUCAUCUCUUCCUAUCGCCGCCCACAGGUGGACCGCUCGGUGCACCACCCGAUUCCGAUGCCGGCGAACGACUGGGGCCGUCGCCCCGCCGUAACUCUGGGCCGCAUGUUAUCAAGUGGGGAGGUGGUGGGGCUAACUCCGGUACAGCGCAAGGCCCAGCCUCGGCCAAUCAGACCAAGAGGAAACAGAAUCAGCAAUCCAAGGAGCCGUCCGAGCCGCCAACGCCGACUGCCUCUAGACAGGUGUCCUUUAGCGGCAACAGAUCUUCCGGUGCCUAUACACCCCUCGUUGUAUCCGGUAAUAGUCCACCACGUGGUGAACCGAUCUCCCUGGCAACCUUGGAUCGAGACUGCUUCAUUAUACCACUUGCGUCAUUGGAAAGAUUUUUACCAGCUGGCGUACCGAGCGCACCAAUAGCGGACAAGAAAAGAUCGGGCAGCCCACUGUCGAUUCUCGAGGUCGAGGACCCAAAGCAAUGUGUUCUUGUCCAUUUCAUGACACCGUUGGAACCCUUGGAUCCAUUGGUAGAGUCUCCUGUUUCACGGCCACUCGUACUGCAACGCGACACCGCCGCGGAACUUGUCGCUGAAAUAGCCCCUUCCGCCUCCCAAAGUAUUUUACUCACGAACAUGGAAAAGAACGCGGAUUUCCCGUUCAUAACGUACUAUCUAAUAAAUAAGCAGAACACGGAUCCUCUAGAUUUUUACAACGAGGUUCAAUGCGCGGCCUUGAGGAAGUUCGAUCCGCGUGACCUCAGAUACGCGGCCAGCCAUACUUUGGAUCUGUUCAACGAAGUAGCGACGAUAGCCAGACCACCGUUGGAACCACCCGGUGGGAGACCACCUAUUCCGUCCACCGGCUACAUAGUCUCGAUCUUCAAAGUAUUUGAGGGUGACGACGGUCUCAAGUUCGAGCAAAAUUGGCUCUAUUGGAGCGGUGCCCGAAUGAUGUACCGAUAUCUACCGAAAUCGGUAGGCCUAAGGCGUAUAACUCUUCAUAAGUCGAUGUCACAGGGUGACAAGAUGUAUCUACUGAUCUGCGAAUGUUCGCAACUGCAAGACAAUCUAUCCGCGGCGGCGAUAUUGCUGCCGGCAUUGCGCGCUCGAUUAUGCGGAUACAUCGGCCUUUACAGGCCUUCCGUAUGCUUCUGAUUUCCUCAGAAAUGCUCGACGUUGUAUAUCAUACGCAGGGACGUAACUAGGUGAGCCAAAAAAAAAUGAUGGGUGCUGAAUUAUCGGGUUCGGCUCUGCGUAUAAAACAAGAGCGAUCGAAUAUUUGAAUGAACUUGAAUCUCUCUCUCUGUCUCUCUUUUUCUCUCUAAUAGAUCUUUAUCAAUUUUUUUCAAAAAUAUUACUGCGGUAUUAUCGAAGGUACGGAGCUAUCUCUCGGUGAUAUCUGUAUAUACUAAUAAGAAUUGUACACAACAAGAGUGUACCAUUCGGCAUAUCUACAUUCUUUUAGAAUGCUAACAAUUCUUUUUCUUUUCACUAGAAACUUAUCCGAUUUUUCUAGUAUCGUUCGAGAUCGUACGAGAGAAUGCAGAGACGAGGUUCGUAGUUUAAAAAAUUUCUUAUAAAGUAUGGUCUUUAUCGCUCCGUCGGGUAACUCGAAGGAAAGAGAGGGAAAAUGGAACGUCGAAGAGAUCUUUCGAUGCGCUAAAAAAGAAAAAGAAAAAGAAAAAGAAAAAAGGAGGAAGAAAAAAGGAAAGAAAGGAAGGAAGAAAGAAAGCGUAGAAAAUCAAUACUUCGCACGUAUUCGCUUCGGACGAAAUUUGAGGUAAAAAAAUAAAAAAUGAAAAAAAAAUUACUUAAAAAAAAAAAAAACAGAAAAGAAAAAGAAAUCUCAAUCUCUAUCGUCUGCGCUCGCCUAGUUACGCCAACUGGCCAUUUGUAUUUUUCGAUUUUAUAACAUGAUCAUAGAGCAAUACCAUAAUCGGCUGAUCCGUUCGUCGAACAAGCCGAUUUAUGUUGAACGCAUAUACGUAUACAUAUAAUUGACAAUUAUACGAGAAAAUAAGAAAGAAAGGAAGAAAGAAAAGAAAAAGAAAGAGGAAAAAAAAAGGAAAAAAAAAAGAAAAAAGAAAAAAGAAAGAAAAACACUUUUAUUACUACCGAUUUAACACGCUAAUAUUAACAUAUCAUACUCGAUAAACUGUGAUACUCGAACGAGCAACGGGAUAUAUCACAAUAACGAUGGCAUAGAGAAUCUUCUUUUCGAAUUUAUCUUGGGAAAAAAAAAAGAGAAAAAAAGAAAGAAAAAAAAAAAGCGCUAGGAAACAUGACACUAAUAGACGUGCACUAGACAUCACGUAGAAGCUCGAACGAAGUUUAGAUAAAUCGUGGGCAUUUUUAGAAGAACGCCGAUAUUUAAUUAAUUAACAUGAAAUAUUCGACUUUAUACAUUAUUAUCAUUACGAUCGAAAUAAUAAACGAUACCAGAGAAUCGCGGGACAAUGAUCGACAAAAUGGCGGGUCGCAACUAUCGAUUGGUUCGACUAUCGAUGGUCGUAAACCCGCGCGAAAUUUAAAUUUUCCCCCCUCGUACUUCGAAUCAUAACACGCCUGUCUCUUAUCGCUCAAGAAAAAGAAAAUUAAUAAAUAAAUAAAUAAAUAAAUAAAUAAAUAAAUAAACGAGGUGGGAAGCUUUUAAAGAGAACAUUUUUUUAGGGGCGUACCUACUUACGUAGUCUUUUUAGACGAAAUAAGAGUAGUCGUAAGUCGGCAUUGUAGUACAAAAGGUUUAAAAAAAAAAAAAAAACGUAUAGUCAAUAUACGCUUGUUGCAUACUGACAAUAGCUAGGACGAGUUGCGCAGGCGCGGUUCGUCACACUUUAUCUUAGAUUUUUAUUAAAGCUCCGAUUUAAGAGUAGGGGAGGAGGUAGGGUGGGGGUAAUAAUGAUGAUGAUGAUGAUAAUGACGAUGAUGAUAACAAUGAUGAUGAUGAUGAUGAUGAUAACGAUGAUGAUGAUGAUGAUGAUGAUGAUGAUGAUGAUGAUGAUGAUGAUGGGGAAGAGGGGAGAAAAAGAAAAAAAUAACCCACAAGAAAUAAAAAAAGUGCGGAGAAAAUAAGCGGAACAAGAACAAGCCCUUAACUUUUAAGGUUAACAUUCGACUUUACUGUGAUCACAUGCGUCGUUUAGUCGUUCAUCGAUACGAUUAACAUACUCGAGGUCAAGAUAAUGCUCAUACUCGAUCAUCGUGUCGAUGAGUUAUCGACAGUAAGAAGAAAAAAGAGAAAUAAACGAGUAAUUCGGGUUUCCUCGGCUGCACGAUUUUGUUAAAAAAAAAAAAAGAAAAAAAAAGAAAAAUAAAAAAAAAAGAAGACAAAGGGGUCACUCCUUGCUUCGAAAACGGAGCAUCGCCACUUUUUCAGGGUUUCACAUGCGCGAUUUUACCGAUAAUCUACGAAACUUUCUUAUAUCUAUCUAUCUAUCAAUCAAUCUCUUCUUUUGAUUGUCAUUCCUUUACCAAAAAAAAAAAAAAAAGAAAAGAAAAAAAACAGCCAACGUGGUACGAUGCUUUAACGAGCGAAACGAGAUCUUACAGCACGUCGAUACUUAUAAGAUCAAUGACGAUAAAAUUUAUUAUAUAUCAUGUACAACGAAUACGAUGAGAAAGAUGCUAACAAUAAAUUACUUCUAACAUUAUUCCCAAAA